UUGUUGUGUUUGGAAUAUGAAGGCUGAGCUUAAGGAGAAGCUUGCUAGAAUCUAUGAUGUUAAGGACCCCAACACCGUGUUUGUGUUCAAGUUCCGCACCCAUUUUGGAGGUGGCAAAUCCACUGGUUUUGGUUUGAUUUAUGACACUGUUGAGAAUGCUAAGAAGUAUGAGCCUAAGUACAGACUUAUUAGGAAUGGACUUGAUACUAAGGUUGAAAAGUCAAGGAAGCAAAUGAAGGAAAGAAAGAAUAGGGCAAAGAAGAUCCGUGGAGUAAAAAAGACCAAGGCUUCUGAUGCUGCCAAGGCUGGAAAGAAGAAAUGAGUUUUCAAACAUCCCGGUUCUGUUUUUAAGAUUCUUGUGGUGUUGGAAUUUUGUAAUGGCUAUUUUAUUUUAUAGAUUCCUAGAUUGAGAUGUUUCGGUAAAUGCCCUUAUCUUUUUGGCUCUUAAAUUAUUAAUGUUCAGUUACAACUUAAGAUUUAGGAGAACUCAGUUGAUAACUUACGGCUGUUUUCAAAUGUUUGCUAGACUGUGAUUAUGAAUUCCUAUGGUGCUUGAAAAUUUGACGGAUCAAUCACUUAUUUUA